AUGUCACAUAUCACAUAUAAUAAUCUAUGGACUGAAGCACAAAAGACUAUAAAUGAAGCAUCACAAUUUGAUACAGUUCUCCAUGCAGCUCCACAAGAAAAAGACAAACAAGUGGCACAUACACUUGUCAGUGAAUUGUAUGUAAAAUACAUAACUUCUGUUAACAAAUUAGACCAAUGCUAUGACCAGAUUAUACAUCCUCAGAAAAGGCUUGUGAUUCGUAAGUUACUAGAUGCAUGCAUUGGAAGAGUACUAGAACUAAAACAUGAAUUAGUAAACCUGGACUUGUCAGAAUUUAGCUAUUAUGACGAUGUUCUACUCAAGCUCAAUCUCUCACCUACGGAGGCAGAGAUCACCGUACCAAACUAUUACAGAAGAGAAAGAGAAGAGGAGAUCCAGAAAAGGAACAGGACAAUGGACAAUAUACUGAAGAAACUGGGUUUCUAUAAAGAAGAGGUAGCACAAGAAGAAAUGACUGAAGAAGAAGCAAUUCGCCUCAUACAGAUUCACGAACGUGCACGACAGGGUCGAUUACGUUUUCAGUUCAUGAAAGAAAUCAGACUAAUGAAAGAGAAGGUUAAGACUGCAGACGUUCCUAAGAGCAAAGUUCUUGAUGGCUCACUUGCUGCUACCAAGAUACAGAAAACAUGGCGUGGAUAUAAUGCACGUCAUAAAAUUAAGCGCCGCAAGUUGGAGGAGAUGCUGCUUAUUGGAAUGUUGCAGCCAAGCUUCACACAUGUUAAAGCUCGUCAAAAAGCUGAAGAGGUGAAGGAACUACGACACAAACAGCAGAUGAAGCACCAGGUUGAAUAUGAACAAAUGCUUGUUUCUGCGAAGCAACACAUUAAAACCUGUAGAGGAGGGCAAAUGAAGGAAGAGAUCAGAGAUGAGUUAAGAGGCUGGAUCAGAGACUACUGGAAUGAAACAGGAAAAUUCCCUGAUAUUCCUUCUGAGGAAUCAGGAGGCUCAACUUUGUUCUUCACUAGGCAGGCUGCAGAAAGUGAAAUCAGUAAAACAACCACCUCAUCUUCCAGGGAUGGUAAGGGGAAAAAAGAGAAGGGGAAGAAAGAUAAAGAAGAAGGAAAGAAGAAGAAAGAUGAGGAGGAAGAAGAUCCAGGCUUCAAGAUGCAACUAUCUAAUUUCUUGGGAGACUUGCAGGCAGCCAAUUCAGAAUAUGAAGAAAUCUGGCGUAAUCGAGAUGAGUCAAAAAACCCAUGGCAGCAUGCUGAUAUAGAGAUGAUUCGAGAACAGAAGACAGCUCAACUGGAAGCUGAAUUGCGGAGAGAAGUGGAUCAGUUGUUGCGAGGAGAAUUAGAGAUAUUACAGGCCGCUUUGGCACGUGAUCUUGUAAGUAAAGGAAAGAAAGUACGCAAAGCUAGCAAGAAGAAAGGCCGAAGUGGAAAGAAGAGUAAGAAGAAAAAAGAAAAGGAUCUAACACCAGACCGAACACUAGAUUCUCUGUUUGAAGAACUCAUUACUAAUGGUAUAAUUCGCAAGUACCCAAAAGUUCAGCUGUCAGAAUUUCGAGGGGAGCACUCAUAUGCAACACAUGAUCUCCGUAAACAAGGAAAAGACCCACUCCCAUCACUUGGAGACAUACGUCAGGUCAUAUUGGAAUACUGCAUCCUGCCACUGGGAUCUAAAACAAUUCACCAGACAGCACCACUAGUCAAAUCAGUGUUGCUAGCAGGAUCACAUGGCAGUGGCAAAGAUAUGCUGGUGCAUGCAGUGUGUACAGAGACUGGCUCAGUACUGUUUGACCUCUCACCUGCAAACAUUGUUGGAAAGUAUCCUGGCAAAUCUGGACUUAUUAUGCUGGUACACCUUGUUAACAAGGUAUCCCGCUUGCUCCAGCCAUCAGUAAUCUACAUAGAUAAUGCUGAAAAGACAUUUUUGAAGAAAGUCCCAAAAUCAGACAAGACAGACCCCAAACGACUGAAGAAGGACCUUCCCAAAAUAGCAAAAGGCAUCAGUCAAGAUGACCAGGUUCUGCUCAUUGGGGUAUCUCGAUGUCCAUGGGAUUGUGACCAGAAAGCCCUUGCCCAGACAUAUAACAAGAUGAUACUGAUCCCACGUCCUGAUUAUAGCAGCCUCUCAUUUCUAUGGAAGGAGCUGCUGUUUCAGUUUGGUGGUGUCAGCCGGCAGUUUGACACUGCAGCCAUGACAAAGGUAUCAGAUGGCUAUACAGUUGGAGCAAUACUUGAAGUAAUAAAGGAAGUGAUGACAUGUAAGCGAGUGCUGCAGCUUAGAGUGCAGCCCCUAACCCAUGUUGAACUCAUCAAUUCACUGUGCAAGUUGGAACCUGUCUACAAGGAGGAAGACGAAGCAUUCCUACAGUGGUUCCAAAAGACACCCAUAGGACGCAGGAAAGCUCGACAGCUUGAAAUUGAGGGUGAACUCAGAGCUGAACUUGCAACCAAGUCUAACAAGAAGAACUAAAUUAAAAAGAGUCUGCUCUUGAUUAUAAAACUAGAAAUGUAUUCUACACCCUUCUCAUUUGAUGUUAUGUAACAUCUUCAGUUGAAACAGCUUGAGUAAAUAACCCUAGAAUAAAUUAACAAUUCAGCUCA